AUGUCCUCUCCUACUAUCCCACUCUCAAAUCCCCAAACGCAGCCCCCAAUAGCAACUCCCGCUUUCCGCGCGUUCCUCUCACGUCUCUCCACCUCCGUCAGCCAAGGUUUCUCUCAACGCCGCCCAUGGUACGAACUUAUAGACCGAAACUCUAUGGCCCGACCCGACUCCCUCUCCGAAGCCGCAACCCGCAUCAGAAAAAAUCUCCCUUAUUUCAAAGUCAAUUACAUUACCUUACUCGUACUUAUACUCGCCUUUUCUCUUCUUUCUCACCCUUUCUCUCUCCUCGUCCUUCUAUCCCUCCUUGCCUCUUGGAUCUUCCUCUAUCUCUUUCGACCGUCAGAUCAGCCUUUGGUUAUUCUCGGCCGUUCAUUCUCGGACCGUGAGACGCUGGGGAUUCUUGUCGUUUUGACGAUUGUUGUUAUUUUCUUGACAAGUGUAGGAUCACUCUUGAUCUCUGCUUUGAUGGUUGGGUUUGCCCUUGUUUGUGCUCACGGUGCAUUUAGGGUUCCUGAGGACUUGUUCCUUGAUGAUCAAGUGCCUGCUAAUGCUGGAUUAUUGUCCUUCCUUGGUGGCGCCGCCUCCUCCGCCGCUGCUGUAGCUGCUCCCGCUGUUGCUGCCCGUGUUUGA